CGGACAUCAAAUUUCUGUAUCAGCGCAUUCGCGACUGCACAACGUCUUGAAACGCUUCAGACGACGUGAUAGCCAACAUGUCGACAACAGUGGAUAAGAUUAAAGAGGUCGAGGCCGAAAUGGCCCGUACCCAGAAGAACAAGGCGACCUCGUACCAUUUGGGACAACUGAAGGCCAAGCUAGCGAAGCUUAAGAGGGAAUUACUCGAGCCCAGCGGUGGCGGCGGUGGUGGAGGUGUUGGUUUCGAUGUCGCAAGAACUGGUGUUGCCAGUGUUGGCUUCAUUGGUUUCCCUUCCGUGGGAAAGAGUACGCUCAUGAGCAGAUUAACUGGCCAACACUCCGAAGCUGCCGCAUACGAAUUCACGACGCUCACGACUGUCCCCGGUCAGGUUAUGUACAACGGCGCCAAAAUCCAGAUUCUCGAUCUUCCCGGUAUCAUUCAGGGCGCCAAGGACGGAAAGGGUCGUGGUCGACAGGUCAUUGCGGUCGCGAAGACCUGUCAUUUGAUCUUCAUUGUGCUGGACGUCAACAAGCCCUUAACCGACAAGCGCGUUAUCGAGAACGAAUUGGAAGGCUUUGGUAUUCGAAUCAACAAGAGCCCACCGAACAUUGUGCUCAAGAAGAAGGAUAAGGGUGGUAUCAACAUUACCUCCACGGUCCCAUUGACACACAUCGACCACGACGAGAUCAAGGCUGUUAUGAGCGAGUACCGCAUGGCGAACGCCGACAUUGCCAUUCGAUGCGACGCGACCGUUGACGACCUUAUCGACGUUAUCGAAGCGAAGAGCCGAAGUUACAUUCCUGUCAUCUAUGCGCUCAACAAGAUUGACGCCAUUUCGAUUGAAGAGCUGGAUCUCAUCUACCGAAUUCCCAACGCUUGUCCCAUCAGUUCUGAGCACGGCUGGAACAUCGACGAACUAUUGGAGCAAAUGUGGGAAAAGCUCAAUUUGUGCCGUGUCUACACCAAGCCCAAGGGCAGGAUGCCUGAUUAUACUGCUCCGGUCGUUCUGAGGGCCACUGCUUGCACAGUCGAAGACUUCUGUCACUCCAUCCACAAGACUAUCGUAGAACAGUUUAAGCACGCCAUCGUAUACGGAAAAUCUGUCAAGCAUCAACCUCAGCGUGUGGGAUUGUCCCAUGAGCUUGCCGACGAAGACAUCGUUACCAUUGUCAAGAAGUAAAAGAUAGAUUGCGAUACAUACCCCGGCCUUCAGGCCGUCUACCCCUCGCAGUAGAGAGGGAUUGGAGUGGUGAGUGGCUUGUGGACGGCUCGAUGUCUCACCACAGUGCCACAAUUAGGCCUGGACAUGAAGGAUGACGAGCAGAUUGAGGCUUUAAGCCGACUUCACACUCUGGAUUGGCCGAAGUUGCCGUCCCAAUAGCUCCGCGCCGGCAUCAGCACAUUCGCUUAACUGAGACAAAGAGCUUGCGGAGCGGAUCAUACCUGCCAUUCGCCAGGACACCAGGGACUUGAACGGACCGUAGCCGUCCGCAACUAUCAAUAAGGUUUCUCCUGCCGAAGAGGCGCACCAAAGUACGUACACAUCUCAAGGAAGCCUCGUGGAGAGAGGGGCGCCGGCGUUUAAACAGUCUCAGCAUAUUAGUUUUCCCAUAAGGAUACUUUCGGAACUUCAGCAAAUACGAUCAGUGUUGUCUG